GACAAAACCGCGAAAAUGAGCCGUAUUCUAUGGAGUCGUACAAUGUUGUGACUCUUAACUUUGGGUUGAUAAAAUCACCUGAUAAUGCGGUACCUCAGCGCCUCUGUAGUGUACUCCAUUGUCUCCUCAUUCGGUGACAUCUGUGUAGUAAGUCUUGUUACGUACGCUAUGGCUGGGUACCGGGGUGGGCUGCAACCACGUAAAUGAGUGAUUUCGUUGAGUGGUUAGUUAUUUUACCUUGCACACAAACCGCAACACAGGUAUCGAACAUCACCUCGAACGGCACGUUUUGUUUCUGCACCCAGGCCAACAAGACAGUGCUCACACAUGAAGGAAGGACAGAGAAAAAGGAAAAUUCAUUCACGCAUGAGUUUAGGGGUCCAUCUUCGCUGCACACUUUCUACAUAAGUGGGGGCAACGCAAUGUCUAUCUCUAGAGCUGAACUUAAGUGCUUGUAAUACGCUACCGAAGACCAUGCGAGGACACAUAGCUACGCAGCCCAAACUAACCCUGAAGUUGGUGUGAUGGUUCCUGAUGGAGGGAGGGCUUUGCCGACUAUGAUUCAGACUCAGAAUCUUGAAUGUCCAUCCCGAGUUGUCUAAAGUUCAGUGACUGCCAAACAGCCGUCGUACGUUUUUAUGCACGUUUUUAGUCUAGACCCCAGUAUCCGCACAGCGUAUAUUUAACCGAGGUUGUUCAGGCAACCGACUGCAUGGUGCCUGACUGUGUAAAAAUCGACAUCGGGCAUUACAGUUUACUCAGAGCGAAGGCCAAAAUGCCGUCCGACAACUUGGAAGAACAGGGCUUGGAGAAAAACCCAGAUCUUGGUCUUGCCCAGCUGAAGUUUCUGCUAACCCUAGACAGUCACAAAGAUGAUUCGAAAACUAAAGAAUCACUCAUGGAAGGAAUCAAACAAAAUAAUAUGGCUCCGUACUACGAAGAGAUCUGUAAGGAGCUGAACUGGAAGACAGACGUCGCACUUCUGAAGAAGAUGCAAGCAGCCAAUGCCGAAGAGCUCAAGAAACUUGACGCCAUACUGGAGGAUGCAGAGCAGAACCUUGGGGAGACUGAGGUCCGAGAUGCUCUCCUCAGAAAGGCGGAACACUUGUGUCGCAUAGGAGACAAGGAUGGCUGCCUUGCAGUUUUCAGGAAAGCAUUUGACAAGACGAUAGCCCUUGGUCACCGCUUGGACAUCAUCUUCCACCUGAUACGGGUCGGUCUGUUCUGGCUGGACAAUGACCUGAUCACAAGGAAUAUUGACAAGGCCAAGGACAUGAUUGACGAGGGCGGGGACUGGGACCGGCGGAAUCGUCUCAAGGUCUACCAGGGCAUCUACAAGAUGUCUAUCCGUGACUUCAAGAGUGCCGCCCAGUUCUUCCUAGACACGGUGUCCACGUUCACCUCCUACGAGCUGAUGGACUACACGGAAUUUGUCUCCUACACCGUGAUCGUCUCGAUGAUAUCACUGGACAGAACGGAACUCAGAAAGAAAGUUGUGAAGGGAGCAGAGAUUCUCGAAGUCUUGCACGGUCUGCCUGACAUGAGGAAUUUCCUGUUUUCGCUCUACAAUUGCCACUAUGCAGAGUUCUUCAAAUUACUAGCCAACGUGGAGACCAAGCUGAAGUUGGACCGCCUGAUGCGACCCCACUACCGUUACUACGUGCGAGAGAUGCGCAUCCUGGCCUAUACCCAGCUCCUGGAGUCCUAUCAGAGCCUGACCCUGCAGUACAUGGCCGAUGCCUUCGGUGUCAGCGUGGACUUCAUUGACCAGGAGCUGUCCCGUUUCAUUGCUGCCGGACGCCUGCACUGUAAAAUCGAUAAAGUCGGAGGCAUCGUUGAAACCAACCGGCCAGACAGCAAGAAUUACCAGUACCAGGCCACAAUCAAACAGGGUGAUAUCCUACUGAACAGAAUCCAGAAACUCAGCCGGGUGAUCAACAUCUAAGGGAACGAAAAGACCAAGGUGCCUCACCAGCUAGCAGAUUUCAUCCAGGUACCAUGCAGCGUUUUCCUUCUGAAAACAAACGAUGGAAAUUCCUCGCCAACGGGGCAUUGGACACUCAAGUCUGUGGGGAAAAAAAAGAGUGAACUUGUAUACUAUCUAGCACGACUGAGUUGACUAUUUGACUCAAGCACCCCAGUAAAAGCAACUUGGCAACUUCCCGAAUUCAAACAUGGCUUUAAAAAUGUAUCUGUUUUGGCUUUCUUUUCCUUGGUGCAGAUUUAGAAGCCAGGUCUCUCCUUCAAUUAAGUGUGCUUUUUUAUAUUGUUUCCUAGAGCUGCUAAGCUUGGCAUAUUCGUGUGCUUGGUGAAAAUCGGCAGUGAGCCAACCGAGAGCAGUACGCAGUGCAUGUCUUUUUUUGGUUUGUAUCCUGAUUGUGCUAAGCAAUGUUUUCGGAGUUAAGCAAAUAUGUGCACUCAGUAGCUCCAUGGAGUAAGCACCAAGAUGUUUCCUUCUUGAAGUCCCGUUACACAUGAUGAUUGUUUGUGGCUGUUCUGUAAGCUCCCAGUCUAAUUACAGCCCAGGUUUACUAGAUCAAAUGCCCUAAUAUGGGUGUAAUUGUGAUUUCACGGGUAUUUGCUGCCAUGCCCAGUUUAAUUGUUCCCCCUAACUGACGUGAGUUCACCGUCUUGGGGAGACUCAUUGAAACCCCUGUAAGGUUUUUUUUUUUACCUCAGCGGAUAGAUCCACCCUAUGUAAAGAUUUACUUGUGUUUAACCAAUUUUGGUACAUGCCAACCUGUGGUGGGAAUAAAAUGUGACCGUUUGGAAGAAGUUUUCCACCCAUGUUUUGAGGGUUCUUUCAGUGGGGGUGUUGUGUGAUCCGGUGGGUACAUUUCACUCGGUGUUUGCUUUUUAUCACCGGAUGUGGGUACAUGCACAUCGGUCAUCCUCACUUGUGGGGAUACAUCCUCGGCUGUGUUGGAUAUUAAGCACCCCUUUGAUAUAGUCUCAUGGAGAUUCUCAAGCUGAAGAUUUUAGCUGACAUCAGCUGUAGUGUUUUUCCGGAGUGUUUUGACUUGGUUUGGUUAAUACUAAACAACUGUUGUGGAUACCUUCUCAUUCCACACAGUUGAUCUUCCGGUAUCCCUUACAACUAGAGAUUAAUGAAAUCACAACCAAAACAUUGUGCCUCGUGGGUUCUCUGUUCAAUUUCAUGCUCACACAUCUAGCAAAUGGAUUUUUGGCUCUUGAACAGGAUGGAAUAUAAAUUGAUAGCUUCGUCUACACACGAUCUUGUGGCGCGCGUGCCUGGUAUUGCCAUGUGACAUCUGUGUUUGGUGUACGCGUAUUAUUGUUUAUUAAAACCGUCAGAAACCAGCCCCUUUUCCCAAUUCGCUGUGCGUAAUUUUACCUGUGUACAUUUCUGAAUUGCCAACCUGCUUCUUUAUGAAAUUAACUCAAGGUGUUACACAAUACAGUGAAUUCUCGCGUGA